GACCACCAAGCUCCACCCCAAAGCCAGUCAGCGCCGGGCGACAUCAAGCAAGAGAAAGACAAGGACAAUGCAGGCGAUACUCCUAGUGACUGUCUUCUCCUGUCUUCUUGGGGCUGCAAAUGCAGGUGAUGUUACAUUCGGCAACCCAUGCGUUGCUGCGGACACCUGCACUGAUCCCAACAACGAAUGUUCACCGACAACUGCAAAGUGUGCAUGCAAAAGUGGAUAUACUGCGGUUAACGGAGCCUGCACUGCAAACGGAGCCCUUGGUACAGCUUGUUUAACAGGUUCUGCCUGCACUGGAAACCCGUUAGUCUGCGAUUCAAAUGUAUGCAAGAAAAAAUCUGGAGAGGACUGUAGUGCUGCGGCUGACUGUGUUUCACACUCCACCUGCUCCACGAAGUGCGGGUGUGACAGCGGGUACACUGCGACAGCGACUGGCUUGUGUAACGGAGUUGCUCCCCAGUCUGUGUCCUCCUGGCUUCUCACCGGCACCAUCAUCACGUGUUUGGUGACCUUCAGUCUUCCGUAAGACAACCUUUGACCUUCCACUCAGACCCGGAACCGAAAAUGGACUUUGCUCAAUCGACUUCUGAGACUGUAGUCUUCCUAUAUUUACUUUUUUAAAAAGACGAACAGAGGAAUCAGCAGGGCACUCAAAAACUACAAGCUAAGAAAGUUUUAAGCUGUAUUCACACGGAAGCGAAGUAAAAGAAACAUUUUGAAGUAUGUAGAUGUUGGAUCGUAGAAGACAAACAAUUUGAAAGACGUUUACCAGCGUAAAGACAAAUAGACAACGAAAUGUAAAAACCCAGUAAGACCUUAUUGUUUGCUAGUUUAAAAUGACGAUUAACCUGGAAAUUUAAAACGAUGAAUAUGCUGAAGUACACAGUCGAAGAUCUUCUAUUUUUUAUUGUUCACAAUUUCACUUCUGUUUCGAGUAUCUUUGCUAGAUUACUGUGACUCAAUGGAGCUACAAUUAAUUGCAGAAGAAGAAUUCUUUAAUGGAGGCUCCACGUGAUGUGCACUUUCUCCUCACUAUUUUUUCUUUAUUGAGUCCCUCUCCUCUCACACCCUUUUCUUUUCUUUGUUCCUUGACUGUUUCUUUUUCUCUCCCUCUCCCUCUCCGCAUGUUCACUGUAUGAACCAAACGUUAUCGUCUGGUGAAAGUUAGGAACCUCCAUUGAAAAGAAUUCACUUGUUACCUAUGAAAUGAUUUGAUAUUUCGUUUUUUUACAUUUUAAUAAUUGACAUCUAUUUAUAGACUUUGACUUCCAAUAGAUUACAUUUACAGUACUAUGUCUGUACUCUAGAGGCCUGUUUCUCUAUUGCUCUCAGUGAAUGCAAAAUUACUUUCCGUCCUAUUUUAUUAAAUAUUUUUUGAAUGAAGA